GCGGGCCGAGCGGCGCCCCGAACGGUGACCGGUGUGCCAUGAGGUCGCUGAGGGUGUGGGUGCCGCUGCUGCUGGCCACGGCAGCAGCCGCCGAGUACCUGGACAGGGGACAGGAUCGACUGUACCGGGACUGGAGGGGGCUCCAAUACGGCUGCCGGUGCGACCCUGUCGGCUCGGUACACUCCCGCUGUGACAUCCGAACAGGACAAUGUGUCUGUCAGCCGCACGUGACAGGACUGGCAUGUGACCGCUGCAAGGCGGGCUACUACGGCAUGCGGCCGGGCGCUGGCUGCCGCCGCUGUGACUGCGCCUCGCCGGGCUCGGCACCUGAGGUGUGUGACCCGGAGAGUGGCCGGUGCCUGUGCCGGCGCGGGGUCGGCGGCGCGCGCUGCACCGCCUGUCUGCCCGGCUACUUUCUGCUCUCCAGCUCCGGCUGCCGCGAGUGCGGCCCGUGUGACCUGCCGGGUCACCUGUGUGACCCCGACACGGGUCACUGCACCUGUCCGCCGCACACAGUCGGCGCCGCCUGUCAGCUGUGUGAGCCGGGCUACUGGGGCCACCACCCCACCGCCGGCUGUAGGAAAUGCGCCUGCAACCAGACGGGCUCCGUGUCCGUCCACUGCGACUCGUGGACGGGCCGCUGCGGGUGCGCUGGCGGCUUCGGAGGUCCCAGGUGCGAGCGCUGCUCGCUGGGGUUCUACUCGUUCCCCCGCUGUCGGCGGUGCCAGUGUGACCCGGCCGGGACCGCCGGCUGUGACGACCAGGCAAACUGUCCCUGCGACCAACAGGGACGCUGCUACUGCAAGACGAAUGUUCGCGGCGCCCGGUGCGACCAGUGCGCUCCCAACACGUUCGGUCUGAGCGCCGACAAUCCGGACGGCUGCACGGCCUGUUUCUGCUUCACCAGGAGCGGACAGUGCUCGCAGGCAGAGUUCACCUGGGUGCCGCUGACGCUGCCCGACAAGCGUUCCCUGACGCUGGGUCCGGGUCAGACGCGUCUGGACAUCAUCAACACGCUGCGGGUGAUCCCGGAGCGAAGCGGGGAUGUCCAGCUGGGGCUCGGACAGCCGCUGGACACGCCCGUCUACUGGGAGCUGCCACCACAGUUCCUCGGCGACAAGGUCCGCUCGUACAACGGUGAACUGCGGUUCCGUCUACGCACUGAGGGCGGCGUGCGGCCGUUCCCCGCCGCCGUCCUGGCCUCCUACCCGCUGGUGCAGCUCCAGGGACACAGCCGGCUGGUGCUGGAGUAUUUCCCUGAGGACGACCGGCCAGGCCCCGACGGCCUGCACACCGUCAGGUUCUACGAGUCGCUGUUCCACGAGUCGCUGUGGCGCCGGAAGGGGGACGGCUCGGCCCCGGUCAGCCGGGAGACUCUGAUGGUGGCGCUGCAGAACACCACUCUGGUGCUCGUCAGGGCCACGGACGCCAUCGACACACGCAAAGCAGAGAUAUGGGACAUCAGUUGGGACAUGGCCGAGCCGACGUACGGCCGGCCGGGCGACACGGCGCUGGGCAUAGAGCGCUGCGCCUGUCCGGCUCAGUACAGCGGCUCCUCCUGUCAGGACCCGAGUAUAGGAUUUUACCGAACGUUUACGAGUGAGGAGCGCAGCAGUCAGAUCAUCAUUGACCUGAUCGGGGACGUGGCAGAGUGCCAGUGUAACGGCCGGGCGACCACGUGCCACCCGGACACCGGAGUCUGCCAGAACUGCACCUCCAACACGGCGGGCCGAAACUGCGAGCUCUGCGCAGUUGGCUACUAUGGGAACCCGGCGGACCGCGGCGGCUGCCGGCGCUGCCUCUGUCCCACCGAGACCGUCUCCCACGCCGUGGGCUGCACGGGGGACUACAGGGUGGCGUUCCGGUGCCAGUGCCUGCCCGGCUACUACGGCCAGCGCUGUGACCGGUGCGACUACGGCUACUACGGGGACGCCCGCGACCCGUCGGUGGGCUGCGUGCCGUGCGGCUGUGACCGGGCCGGCAGCGUGGCCGACCACUGCGACCCGACCACGGGACAGUGUCCGUGCCGCGCCGGCCGCACGGGCCGCGACUGCACCGCCUGUCCGCCCAGACACGUGCAGACGGCGCGCGGCUGCCAGGCGUGUGAGGACGGCUGCGUGGGGCUACUGCUGGUCGACCUGGACGCGCUGUACGAGCUCGCUGCCGCCGUGGACGUGCCCUCCUCGGCCGGCGCCCCUUGGGACACCCUGUACACCAUCAGUAACGAGACAGAGCGCCUGGACGAAGAGCUCACUGACUACAUCGGAGUCAGAGUCAGCCUACAGGCGCUAAACGACUCCUUCGACCUGGACACGAUGGCAGAAAACCUCCUGGUGCAGGUAACUGAACAGCGCACUAUGACGGACCUGGAGCGGUACAUGGGCGGCGGUUCGCCGUCCACCAGUGUGGACCAGGCGCUGCGCGAGGCCUCCGCUAUCCUGGAGGAGCUGCGGCGGCAGAACUUCACCGGCGCCCAGCGGAGGGCGGACGACGAGCUGGCGGAGGUGGGCCGGCUCCUGGACAGGGUGCGCGCCCUGGAGCCGAACGGCACCGCCCUGAGCGAGCCGCGGACCAGGCUGGAGCGGCUGCAGGAGAAGCUGCAGGACAUGGGCCGGCUCAUAGAGGGCGCGCGGCAAACCGUCACGGAGACUGAGGCGCUGCUGGACGAUCUGAGAGCCCGACUGCUGCGCCUGGAUCAGCGGAAGCAGCUGCUCAGCAAUGAGACUGAGGCUGUGGAGGGUCUGCUAGCCAACAGCAGCGACGCACUGCUCCCGCUUAGGAGGCUGUACGAUCAGGCGCAGGGACAGACCAUCGACCUGACGGACCUGCGGGACCAGCUGCAGCGGGUGUCUGCGAACGACUCGGAGCUGCAGCGGCGGAUGGCCGAGCUGUCCCAGCUCAGCCCCGACUUCGUGCAGGAGUACCUGCUGCCGGCCGAGGCGCACGCCGCCCAGCUGAACCAGCAGGCCGAGGAGCUGGCCAGUCUGUUCCAGGGGACUCGCCAGGGGGCUAACGCGUCGCUGGCGGCGGCCCGGGCCUACCAGGAGAUAGUGGACAUCCUGGAGGCCGCGAACGAGACAGCCAGAGCCGCCAACCAACAGGUGGGGCUGGUUGAUACUGCAUCGCUGACUUCACAAGGAGAACAGGCCAAAGAUAAAUCGGAGGAGCUUCUCAAGGCGGCCGAACAGCUGGGACGCCAGGUGAAUGCAUUAUCCGCUGACCUGGCCGGCAACAAGACGAGUCUGCAGAGAGUCAGCGACGCCGUGCGAGAUGUCCGGAGUCAAAAUGAUGUCAUUCAACGAGAACUGAAACAGCUCAACUCUACCGAGCUGGCCCGCUCGGUGGCCGCUGCGGCGGAGCGGGCGCGCGCCGCCCUGGCCAAGGCGGCGGCGGUGGACGCGCGGACUGGGGAGGUGGAGAGCGGGCUGCAGUCGGAGCUCCGGCCCGGCCUGGACAAGCUGCAGCGGCAGUCGGAAGCCGGGGUCAACGACGGACUGCAGAUGGUGGACGAGGCGGCCGAGAUCAUCAGCGAGGCGGCCAAACUGGCGAUCCAGGUGGAGGAGAGGGCGGACUCGGCGACCCAGUCCACUAAGGACGCCAAACUGCAGCUGGAGCAGCUCAAAAACAAGAUACUGAAGACGCGCCAAGCAGCAUCGAAGAUCCGCGUCUCUCUGACCUCGAACGGCACAUCGUGUUCGCGUCGGUACCGUGUGUCGGAACUGCAGCCGGGCGCCACGUCUGCGCUCCGGCUGCGGUACGCCGUCUCCGAGCCCGCCAUCACCGACGCCCUGCUGCUCUUCAUUGGAGCGACGGGAAAGAGUGACUUCCUGGCGGUGGAGAUGGUGGACCGCCGUGUGCGGUUUCUGUGGAAUAACGGCGGCUCCACGCAGUCCGUCAUUCACCCGCUGAAGCUGGAGACGAACAAUGAGCAGCUGCUGUGGGACGACCGCUGGUACAGCAUCGAGGCCACCAGGAUCGGCAGCCUGGGCCGUCUACUGGUGCGUCCGAUGGAACCUGGCGGCGGCGGCGCCGACCCGUCCCCGGUUUCUGCAGCCGCCACGGACGGCCUCACGGUCCUGGAGCUGACCGGAGAGGACCCAGUGUUCAUCGGCGCGCCGCGGGACCGGCCGCUGCCGGCGCCCGUCACCGCCGACAGAUUUGCCGGCUGCCUGGAUGACGUCUCGAUCAACGGCCAGACGCUGGGUCUGUGGAACUUCCAGGAGACGCGCGACUGCGGCGCCUGCCGCACUGGUCCCAGAGCCGACGAACUGGCGGCGGCGCCGGAGAGCGCGUUUGACGGUGAGGGGUACGUGGAGCUGUCCCCGCUGGCCAGUAGCGGCCAGCGCCGCAUUUACCUGCCCGCCAGUCUGUGGAUGCGCACCUUCGACCCCGACGCACUGCUGCUGCUCGUGGCCAACGAGAAAAAGGGUCAGCUGUUCAGUCUGGAACUGCGCGAUGGAUUCGUCGUGUUCCGGGUCGCCUUCAGCAAGAAUGCCGAACUCGUGGUUAAAUCCAAACAAAGGCAUAAUACGGGCAACUGGACGCAAAUUGAGGCAACUUAUUAUGAGAAGGAGGUCCUACUGAAGGUGAACGGUGACGGUCCGAAGGGCACGUUUAACCCGGUGGGCGGCGACAGCCCGCCCGAGCUGGCCCUCUACCUGGACACCUCCAAGCUGUACGUGGGCGGGGUGUCGCCCGACUUUGACCGUCGGCCGUGGUCGCAGCUGACCUUCGUGCCGCUGCUGGGCUGUGUGCGGGACGUGCAGAUCGACACGGCCCAGAACCUGAGGAGCGGCAACUCGACCGGCGUGACCAACGGCUGCACCGGACAGGAGCUGAGGACUGUGAGUUUCCAAGGCGACGGCUACUUGGAGACGGACUCGUACCGUCUGAAGAGGAACGCCAGUUUCGGCCUGUCGUUCAAGGCAGACGCCCCGGACGGCCUGCUGGUGAUCUCAACGUUUGCCGGCCAGUCUGCAGCCGGCUCUGCCGACCUGUCCGAGGUGUACUCGCUCCGUCUGGUGGGUGGCCGCCUGGAGCUUACCGUGGACGGCGGUACCGGACUGCUGAACAUCACCUCUGAGGGCACCUACAACGGCGGCGGCCGCUUCCACACCGUCAGCGUGCUGAAGACGUCCCGCAGGAUAGAGCUGCUGGUCGGUGACCAGUCGGUGGGCUCCGGUCAGCUCGUACCGGGCUCCUCCGGUGUCCGGGUGCCGGCGCGCGGCGGCCUCUUCCUCGGAGGGGUGCCCGCGGAUCUGGGCCCGCAGCUGGGCGGGCCGCCCGCCUUCCGAGGCUGCCUCACUGACGUCAUACUCGGAGACAGACUGCUGGUAUUCGAUAGCCCGCUGCGCUACGAGCGGGCCAAGAUCGGCCGCUGCAGUGACGGCCGCCGGCGCAGCACCCCCACCGACCAGAUGGCCACGGAGCCGGCUCCUGACCGCUGUCACCAGCCCAGACAGGUCACCCUGGCGGACAGAGCCCUGAAAUUCGGGGACGGCCCUCACAGUCACGUAUUUCAGCAAGUCAGUAAGAAGGAGCUGCAGAGGAAGAACUUUAACGUGUCAUUGAGCUUCAGAACAUUUUACCCUAACGGUCUUCUGUUAUACAAUGAGCGGAGGAAGCGACAGGCCCACUUCGUGCUUAUGUUGCGAAACGGAGCGGUGAUUUUUAACGCCACUCGCCGAGCUAAGACAAUGGAGCUGACUGCGGGCGGUCAUCUGAACGACGGCACAUGGAAACGGGUGACGCUGACGAAGCGCGGCCGGCGCUACUCACUCGCCGUGGACGGCGGCCCGGAGACCUCUGCGCGCGGUCUGGGUCGGCUGCCGGCCGGCAAUGGUCUGUACGUGGGCGGUCUGCCGCAGAGCUCGUACGGGGACCAGCAGAGCCUCGGCAACGAGCGGCUCACCACGCUACGAACGGAGAGCUUCAAGGGCUGCAUCCGGCAGCUGGCAGUGCGCCAACGCGUCUACAACCUGACGCUGCGACAAAAUACCUCGCUCAAAGUGGCACAGUGUAACGCCCAUGUUGAGCAGGGCACCUUCUUUGGCGGCGACUCCUUCGCCACAUACGACGACAGUUUCCAGCUGGGUGACGAGGUCAGUCUGGCGCUGCACUUCCGGACCACAGCGCUAGACGGGGUGCUGAUCAGCGUCAGCGGCCCGGACGCCCGGCCGGCGCUGGCACUGGAGCUGCACGACGGAGAGGUGGUGUUCUCAGUCCAGAACGGAAGCAAGGAGCCCAUCAGGGCCCGCAUGAAGUUCGCUACCCGGUUCGCCAUGUGCGACAACCGCUGGCACACGGUGAAGGCCUACUACGUCCAGAACCAGGCCCGUCUACGUGUGGACAAGUACCCAGAGACGUACGGCGUCAAAAAGGACUCGGGACGAAUACUGACCGGCCGGUUCCCGCUCUACAUCGGCGGACUGCCGUACUCCAGCGGGCCGGUAAAAUCGAUUCUGUUGCAGCAGGAUAACUUCAGGGGCUGUAUCCGCAACAUUGAGAUCAACAAGCGGCGCCGCGACUGGACGGACAUGACGCAGCUUACCAAUGUGCUGCUCAACUCGUGCCCGGUCGAGGCGCGCUGAGUGCUGAGUGCCGGUCCGCGCUGAGUGCCGGGACGCGUCUGGUGCCGGGGGGGGGGGGGGGUCAGACGGUGGGUGCUGUCGGACUGAAUGAGGGAGUGUUGACGAAGUGCAGGGUGUGCGGCUCUGUUGGUAUGACGCUACAAACGGGUAGGUAUGACAGUGUUCGGACGUAGCUCGUGCUUUUACCGGUAUCGUGAUUUGUUUUAUUAUGUUACACCGUAUGAAAUGUAAAUAAUAAAUGUGUCUCGUUUGCGAUAA